AUGGCCAAAGUCAGCUCUCAGAGGUCCAUUUGGGCAUUCUGUGGAAUCUGGUUGUGUUCUAUUGUACGGCUGGUCGCAUCUAAUUGCGAUUUCGCACGUCCGCGUGAUAUACUCGCCAGCAAUGCGCUUGUUGCGUGCCACAAAAACCUCGAAUUUACCUACAGCGCAUCCGCGAACUGCCCUCGCCGAGUCAACAACAUUGAGUAUGUCUGGCAUCCUCAACCAAGUUCGGAUGAGAACGGCCAAAUCAACACGUAUGUGGGUGAAUCCGAUGAGCUUCGUACCGUCCCUCUGUCGACUGUAUUACGCACUGAAGACCAACACGAAUUUAUCACUGUGGAAUCGAAAUUUUUGGUAACGGAUAUCAAGUUCACAAAACCUUAUACUAGGACCUUUGCUAUCACGCAACGUCGUCUGAUAUUUAUCUGCGGACCGAAAUAUUUGGAGCUGAAUGAUGAAUUGCAGCGAUACCUGCACCGCCUCGAUAACUUUGGUCCAAAUCAAGUUCUUCCUUGGAAUGUGGGCUCACCUAUGAUACAGGAAAUAUCCAAGAUAGGGGGUGGUUUGGGUGUUUUUUACUUGGUCAGAGGACGUAUGGAUCGCCCAUACCAGGGCUGUGGAAGCCGUCCCUCGCCUCUGUUUGAUGCGGAAAAUGAGGUUUCCAUAGACCCGGAUACCGGAACAGUUUCAUGUGUGGCGGAUCCUAUGUCCUUAUCGCCCAUAGGUUUCGUUUGCGAAGGCCUAAUUGAACCUGCUGAUUGCAUGAUGUCUCUCAUUAACAAGAGUGACGAAGUUGCGACUGUUACUACACCACAUUUAUACAAUGAUUUCGAAAAGAAUGGGAAAUGGGUCGUAGCGCGAUAUUUUAAUGGCUUGGCAUUACCACCCAUCGAUGGUGAAUGCCGGUGCGUCGAUUCAGAAACCGGUCGGGUGAAAGCCAAAAUAGAAAUCCGUUCUAAAACCGAAUACGUCUGUGAUAUUUCAAAAGAGAUUUUCUCUAAGCCUUUCAGCCAUGUGAGUGGCCCCUGGUGUUCAGUUGUACUCCAUCCAGGCAGCACCUUGACUAUAAGGUUGCCCACAGAACAGAUAAACACAGCUCCCACCGUAAGAGCCUCCGAAGAUGAUGUCAACACAAAUUUCGAUAUGGAAGUCGACGAGGACGCGUCCGCCGUCGCCCUCUCCCCACUGCCGUCUGUCUAUGAUUACGAGACUGAAUUUCUGCCAAGUGAGUUGUAUACGCUGAGACACUUAGCUAGCGUUUUUGGCUUUGUUAUUCACGACGAGUCGAUGCACCACGAAGCAAUCGCUGGCGACGCGCUGGAAUUUGACGUUUCGCAAAUGGAGAGAGGAGAGGUAAAAAUAAGGUAUCAUCUGGAUAAACCCAUGGCGCUACGUCACGCAUCUAAUGCGUUCUAUUACCAUUGGACUUUGAUAUCUAAGGACAAGAAUGUUCGGGACAAGGUACGUGGUACCAUAGCUUUGCAUAUGGCGUUCACCCAUGAGUACAACAUAAUUGGUUGCGACCGAAGGCCACAAAGCGUAUUCAAUCCUAAGAUUAGCCAGAAACAUUGCUCAGUGAAAUCCAUGGGUAACGGUAUAGGAGAUGUUUACGAAUGCGCUGCCCCUAUCAAGGAAGAUUUUAAGCAGACCGCCGGUAUAUACUGCAGGUCUGAUGAGGAACUGUUACCACCUACAUGUCAGUCCCUGGGUUACGAUCUACGCAAGAAUAGGAUCGUUUCAAUUCCUGCAUCUCUGCGACAUGCAACGCCAUACCCCAUUCGAGGAUUCCAGCUGUUCGACUAUUUCUACCGCAGCAAUAACCCUGUCAGCUACGCUUGCUCUUGUGUCGACCAACGUGGAUAUGAGAAGUCCAGGCUUAUUGUUACAUCGCAUCAGCAUGAAAACGUCACCUCCAUAAUAUAUGGCGACUAUGCGAAUCCUACAUUACUUCCUCGCAUAUUACUGCCUUGGGACGAGGUUGAAUUGUCAAGUGAGGGGCGCACACCGCCCGCCCCUCUUGUGCUAAAACACGUGUCUCAGGAAUCAUUUGAGUUGGAUCUAGGUAAAACGCUGUCCAUUACAUGUGGGAUUGCGGCUGCUUGGUUUUCUCAUGGGAACACAACGUAUGAUGCUCCUCAUGUUCGCAUUGAUGAGGACUUGGCAGCAACAUGGCUGCCAAAACAUCCUGAAGAGUUCUACUAUUCGGUAAACGAAACUAACGAUGUUAUUGAACUUGUAAAGGCGACAUACGGUAGUUCUAUAGUUACAACCCCAGGUGGAUUCCAAGUUGGCUACCACAGUGACGAAAAUGGAACUGAGCCUUCUAAAUUAGUGCUUCGGUCAACCAUGGGCGCUAUAUUGAUUUCCAAAAAUGCAACUUAUAAGCAAUUUGUGCCCAUGACGUUCGUCUGCAGCAAAAGACCGGAGCCAUCGGAUUUGUCCGUUAUCACCGAUAAUGCAUCGACCUCAGACGCACCCGAACAACCCAUUGCUAAUGCCUUAGAAUCAGCAACAGGAGCCACGUGGAAUAUUGUUGAAGUUAAAGUCGAAAUGACGGACCCCUAUAUGCAGGGCUGUGGAGUUACGUAUUCGUCCACUGAGUUGUUCAAACCUGAGACACCCAAACUCUACGAUGCUGAUGGGCAAGAGAUCGGUUGCCAGAUUGACAUCAAUACGGCACACAAAGCAGCGUUUUACUGCCCAGCACCGUACGUCAUGGAUCCACCCAACUGCUUCACACAAGUCUAUGUCGGUGCUGAGCGGAAGAACCUAAAAGACAUCAGCGAAUCAUUGAUGGCGUAUCGAUCCAGUCACUUCGUCAUCCUGAGAUUCGAACGUCUCCGAAUAAGAUCCAAGGAAACACUGCGCCAGACGCCGCCGUUGGAGUGCCGAUGCGUCACCGCUAAGGGCGUCGUUCUCUCCACUAUACAGAUUGAGAACUACUACGCCGAGUAA